AUGUCAGGCCGCCUUCAAGACCGUAUCGCCCUCAUAACCGGCUCUUCAUCUGGAAUUGGAAGAGCGACUGCUUUCGCGUACGCUCGCGAAGGAGCCAAACUCGUCUGCGCCGAUAUCAACGAGGGAACAUGGCGAGAAGACGCCCCCAAGGACGAAUUCAACGGUCCCACACACCAACGUAUAAAAGACAUGGGCGGCCAAGCAAUCUUUGUUCAUUGCGAUGUUUCCGAUUCCAAAUCUGUAGAAAAUGCAGUGCAAAGCGCUGUGAGAGAAUGGGGACGUUUGGAUAUCAGUACGUCGUGCAACAAGUCAUCCGGAGGGAGGGGUUUUUGGAUGCUGAUGGUUUGGAUUCACAGUGAUCAACAACGCCGGUUUCGCAAUGGAAUCCCGCGCCCCCAAACCCAUCUGGGAAACUCCCCUGGAUCUCUUCCAUCGAACGACGGCCGUGAAUAUCAACGGAGUCUUCUACGGAAUCAAAUAUGCUUCCGCACAGAUGAUCACGCAAACCCCGCUCCCCAAUGCCAAUGGCGAUCGAGGCUGGAUCCUCAACGCCGCCUCCGUCUUCGGUCUCAAUGGCGUGGAAAACGCCUCGGCAUACUGUACUUCCAAAGGCGCCGUAGCCAACCUCACCAAAGCCGCCGCUCUCGACUGUGCUCCCUACCGUGUACACGUGAAUGCUGUCUGUCCCGGGUUUGUGCAUACGCACAUGACGGAUGAGAUUUUCAAAGACGCGGAAAAGGGAGGGCAAGGGCAGGGUGACAUGGUGGAUGCGUUGCAUCCCUUUCGAGGGAGGGGGCUUCCGGAGGAUGUGGCGAGGGCUUAUGUGUUCUUGGCGAGUGAGGAGGCGGGUUGGAUGACGGGGGUCAAUAUGCCUGUUGAUGGGGGGUUUAAUGCGAGAUGA